UUCGAAGUCAACAAUGUGUUCCACGACUAUCAUGAGACGAUAUAUAAUAGCGGUUUUAACAUUAAUUUUUGCUGUUGCUUUGAUUGAUGCCAAUACAAAAGUACAGCGUCAAUAUGACCCCAAAGAAGAGGAUCCAAAUCGUGUGCGAUAUAUUUAUGUUGAUGAUGGAAUGGGAGGAUAUGAACGUAUCGAUUUAUUUGAACCCGACCCAAGAAGACGUCCCAUCACUUUAGAUGAUUUAACUUUUCUUUUAUACACAAAAAAAUCAAAAAAACAUCCAGAUACAAUCCCAGCAAAUAAUUUUAAUAUUUCUCGUUCGAAAUUUAAUGCUUCACUUCCUAACGUCUUUGUAAGUCAUGGGUGGAAUAACCACGCUAAAAGUCCUGUAAAUACCAUCAUAGGAUCGGCUAUUUUAGAACAUUUCAACGUUAAUUUAUUUAUAAUCGACUGGAGUGGGCCGGCGAAUUUAAAUUAUUUCAGCGCUAGAGCUGCGGUACCCAUUAUCGGAGAAUUCGUCGGGGAUUUUAUCAACAAGUUAAUGACAACAUAUCGAAUCAAAGCGGAAAAAUUUCAUCUUGUGGGUCAUUCUCUUGGUGCGCAUUUAGUUGGAUGUGCAGGAGCUAAAGUCAACGGUCUCGUUAAAUCCAUUGUUGGUUUAGAUCCAGCUGGUCCUUUAUACACAGUAUCAAAAAUUGAUGAUAGAAUAGAUCCAUCUGAUGGCGAAUUCGUCCAUGUUAUUCACACUAACAGUGGAUGGCUGGGAUUUUCGAGCUCUUUAGGACACGCUGAUUAUUAUCCUAAUGGUGGAAAAACCCAACCUGGUUGUGGCUUGGAUCUAGUUGGCAUUUGCUCACAUGCAAGGGCAUACGAAUUUUAUGCGGAAUCAAUUUAUAAAUCGGCAUUUCAUUCAAGACUAUGUGGAUCAAUGGACGAUUUUGAACAACAUAUGUGUAACUCCAACCAUAAGUCACUAAUGGGACAUCUUCAUGUUGAUAAAUCGGCUUCUGGUGAUUACUUUUUAAAAACGCGUUCUAAUUCUCCGUUUGCCAUGGGUUAAAAAAAUUGUAAUUUUUUUUUUGGUCAAAUAAAGUUUAUAAAUUAA